AUGCGUUGGCCUGGCUCCCGGUCGUCUCAGUCUUCGUGCCAAUUUGCCGGCAGUCGAGUGUACAGUGAUAUCUUGGCCACGGAAAUCGGAUCAGUCGCGGACUCAGGGACCAAUGAGAAUGAAGCCUUAUCCGCCUCUGGAAGCGGUGUGCUUGGCCUCGGACUACGUGAUUCAUCCAUUCUGGGCUGUAUGCACCAGUCCAAUCUGAUGCUGUAUCACCCUAUCUGUCGAAUUUUCUACGUGUCCCAUGAUUCUCAGGAUUUGAAAAUAUUCAGUUAUAUCGCUCGAGAUAGUCGAACAAGUGUCUUCCGUUGUAAUGUCUUCAAAGCGUAUAAAAAGUCUAGUCGUCGAUCCUCCAAGUCCGCUUUACGCACUCCAUCUGUGACCGCCAGUUCCGGGAGUGAGCAUUCGGAAUCCCCAGACUCCUCGAGGUCAAACAACAAGAAAGUGCGUGCUCGUAAACGCGCUUCAAAUCGAUCACAUCAGGUAUCCACUCACGGUUCGGCGAUUCCCACCCGUAUUAAGGGUAGUGUGACCACACAAGAUCUGGUUUGGAUGUUACAAACUGGUGGUGAUGCUCGGUCGAAUGAGUUCAGUCUAGCCGCGGAGUUAAACUCAAUUCUUUCAGCCACAAUGUCCCCUACCAGUUUUGUUCGAUACCCAAUCGGAGUCGGUCUACCUCAAAGUCGUUCUGUGGAUACAACACUGGCUCGAAUUCUCAUGGAUGAAAGUGAUGUACAAAGCUCGGAAACAACAUCCAAUCUGAUGAUUGACGCUGCCAGCUCCGUCAGUGGAAGUGGUACCACAGGGCUCCCGAACCAAUUGGCUCAGAAUGGUACCCCACAGUUACAUCAGGACUUGGACUUGGUCAACUGGAACACCGGUCUCUCGGCCAACACAACGACGACGUCAGUGGCUGCGGUGGCGGUGGCUGCAAAACAGUUGACAGACAAACCGGACUUGAUUGGCAUUCAAGCGGGCACGGGGACCAAGCCGGAUUAUCGAACUAGUUCUGACCCGAAUGCCCCAUUGGAUGCUGGUUCUGUACACCUCCCGACAGCCGAGACAUCAAGCCACACACCAGGCACAACGAUUCACAGGCCACUGGUCAGCUGCCAGUCUGCAAGUGCUAUGCCUUAUCUAAGUCAGGGCACUCUAAUUGGUACACCUCGAACGGGUAUCGGACAGGGACCUGGGGGUACACCUAUUCCAGGACAUAAGUCAUCUUUUGAUCCGGCCGUCCAACGGACUCCGCAGUAUAUUCAACAAUUAUUCCAACAGAAUCAGGAUAUGCGCAGCUGCCUUACCCAAAUGUCUGACCGGUUGCAACGUCUCGAAUUGAUGGCCACAUCAAGACAGAAAGGACAAAUUACUGAUACUGUAACGGAGUGGCAAACGCUGGGUCGAUCUGGAGCUCAGUCUCUGGGACGCACAAGCACCUCUGUCAGUCAACUUUCCCGUGAACCCCGUGAUUUAGACAUCUAUGAUUCUCUGGGUCAACAAAAUCCUCAUCCAAAAAAGCUUCCCGUUGAUGGUGCUUUGUCAACCGCAACAAUUAACAACUCACGGACCAUGUAUUUCAAACCGCUCAAUCCGUUUCGCAUGCCUCGAUCCAUGUCCACCAUGGCCGGGGUCAAUUUGCAUGCACAGAUGCCCUCGAGAGAAGAUGGAGGUAAACUAUCACGGGAUGAUCCCAGUACGACAGAUGGCUCCUUGUGUAACGGUCAGAAUAGUUUGGGUUCAACAGCCCCCGGGGAUUCAAUAGAUGGAGAGACCGAUGGAUUUUUACAGUUGGCCACUCGACGUGGGACUUCGCACGUGCCCGCUCUGUCCCACUCGAACUCGUUGAAAUGGAACUCAGCGGUGACUCGAAAUAAUCCGUGCGGAAUACCACGUUCAACCAGUGUAAUGGAUUCAUCCUUGUCAUCCCCGUCCACUGCGAUUACUGCUACUCAUGUAACCGAUAAUAUCAUUUUGUCUUCCAUGCCCAUUCACUGGCCCCCUGCGCAACCAAUUGACACGGAUCACAUAUCGGCGACGGACGUCAACCAAUCCAAAUCGAUCUGUUCCACAUCCAAAGGGGAAGGAACCAAUGGCUCGAUUCCUCCGAUUCGACCUGCACCACCGCCCCCAAAACGACGGAAUGUGAGCACAGCUCAAACCGGUAUCGACUCGAUGAAACCCAGUCUAAACACAACAGAGAUAAAUGGGACACAAAGACGUGCUUCCCAGGCCGAGGCUGUCGAUAAUCACGUGCAGAAAAAUGAAGAUAGUUCAAAUCAGGCCGAAAGUUCUUCCAUUCAAAGAUGA